AUGCAAAUCCCACAGACUCAGACUGUAGCUCUUGUCUCCGAACUCGGAGGCAAGGUGGAAUUUGACGAUAACUAUCCUGUCCCUGUCCCUGGUCAAAACGAGGUGCUGGCAAAGGUCCUCUAUACCGGUGUUUGUCAAAGUGAUCUCCACACCAAGAAUGGAACUGCAGCCGGUGCCGACGGAAACCCCAUCACGAACAUCAAGCGUCCUCACGUCGGUGGACACGAAGGAGUCGGUCGGAUUGUGGCGCUGGGGCCUGGUUGCGGACCUGACUUGAAGGUUGGAGGCCUAGUAGGGAUUCGCUUCGCCAGUCGUGUCUGCAGACGAUGCGAGUUCUGUCUUGCCGGGACAGAACAGUAUUGCAUCAAAAGCACCAAUCAUCUGCACCACGAGGAUGGGAGUUUCCAGAUGUACAUUGCUCUCGACGCGGACUACCUAACGAUCCUGCCGGAUGACAUUGAUCCGCAGGUCAUUGGGCCGGUCUUAUGCGCUGGAGUGACGGCUUACAAGGCCGUUCUCAACGCCAACACCAGAGCGGGAAACUGGCUCGUUGUAGUGGGUGCUGGAGGUGGCCUCGGACACCUCGCGGUUCAAUACGCAAAAGCCCAUGGCGCGCUGGUUAUCGGAGUUGACGCUGGCGAUAAACGAGACUUCGUUCUAGGACUUGGUGCUGUCGAGUUCAUCGACUUCAAAUCUACCGACCCUGUGCAGCGUGUGCACGAAAUCACUGGACUAGGGGCACACGCUGUAGUUGUGACAGCCGGCAAUGCAAAAGCUUUUGCCCAUGCAUGCGACAUGCUGCGCGUCGGUGGCACACUAAGCUGCGUCGGCAUUCCCCCGGGGCGUCCUGUGCUGGAGACCCCCAUCUGCACCAUUGUUAUCAAAGGGCUCAGGAUCACUGGCAACCUGGUUGGUUCGCUCAAAGAAUGCAUGGAAGCGGUUGAGUUGGUCCGUCGGGGAAUGGUUAAACCAGAAAUCCGCGAAGGAUCGUCCUCCAAAUUGCAGAAGAUUCUCAAGACAAUUAUCUACCCUAGAGGAUUUGCCAAGUUUCUCUUGGUCCUUCUGGUUCUGUCUGGAAUUGGUGUCAACUGUAUUGCUAUCUACUCAGGUGCGCUGUCCGCGCAGCUUUUUGCCAAGCCCUUUGCAAAACUCCCACGGGUAGUCUGGUCGUUCCUCGUGUUCGUCUGCAUUCUCCUUCUCGGUAUCGCUGGUCGAGACCACCUGUUGGACGUCCUGGAGAACUUCUUGUCACUGCUGGGCUACUGGAACACCUCUUUCUUCGUGAUCUUGUUCACCGAGCACUAUCUAUUCCGCGGGGGUAGCCUCUCCAACUACGAUCUCGAUGCGUGGAAUACACCAUCAAGAAUGCCUGUCGGCUAUGCCGGACUUACUGCUUUCCUUUGUGGUGCCGCUGGAUGGAUCGUCGGCAUGGUCGAAACCUACUAUGUAGGUGCUAUUGCGAAGAUGAUAGGUCAGGAUGGAGGAGACGUUGCCAAUGAGUUAGCGUUCGUCUUCACCUCAGUUACUUAUAUCCCUCUAAGAAAACUGGAACUCAAAUACGUUGGGAGGUAG